AUGAUUACAGUCCAGGACAGAGGUUUACAGAUGUGUUGGGUAGUGUCGGGUCGACCCUUUACUGUUGGGUCGACCCUUUACUGUCGGGUCGACCCUUUACUGUCGGGUCGACUCUUUACUGUUGGGUCGACUCUUUACUGUUGGGUCAACUCUUUACUGUUGGGUAGUGUUGGGUCAACUCUUUACUGUCGGGUCAACUCUUUAGUGUUGGGUAGUGUCGGGUCGACUCUUUACUGUCGGGUCGACUCUUUAGUGUUGGGUAGUGUUGGGUCGACUCUUUACUGUUGGGUCGACUCUUUGCUGUUGGGUAGUGUUUGGUCGACUCUUUACUGUUGGGUCAACUCUUUAGUGUUGGGUCGACUCUUUACUGUUGGGUCGACUCUUUACUGUUGGGUCAACUCUUUGCUGUUGGGUAGUGUUGGGUCAACUCUUUACGGUUGGGCUGACUCUUUACUGUUGGGUCGACUCUUUACUGUCGGGUCGACUCUUUACUGUCGGGUCGACUCUUUACUGUCGGGUCGACUCUUUACUGUUGGGUCGACUCUUUACUGUUGGGUCGACUCUUUGCUGUUGGGUAGUGUUUGGUUGACUCUUUACUGUUGGGUCAACUCUUUACGGUUGGGUAGUGUUGGGUCAACUCUUUACUGUUGGGUCAACUCUUUACUGUUGGGUAGUGUUGGGUCAACUCUUUACUGUUGGGUCAACUCUUUACUGUUGGGUAGUGUUGGGUCAACUCUUUACUGUUGGGUCAACUCUUUACUGUUGGGUAGUGUUGGGUCAACUCUUUACUGUCGGGUAGUGUUGGGUCGACUCUGCUGUUGGGUCAACUCUUUACUGUUGGGUCGACUCUUUACUGUUGGGUCGACUCUUUACUGUUGGGUAGUGUUGGGUCGACUCUGCUGUUGGGUUGACUCUUUACUGUUGGGUCGACUCUUUAAUGUUGGGUAGUGUUGGGUCGACUC